GUUAUUUUCUUCUUUCCGUCUUUUCCAGAUUAAUCUUCUCCUGAAAGUAUGUUCUGUCGCACAAUGAAACUAAUGGUGACUUUUUUGUUGAUACUGUAUAUGAGAUUAUUGUUGGAGGGUCAUGCCGUUUCAGACUUCUGCACUAAAUGCAGUUGUAGUGAGUCCCAGACCCAAAUAUCAUGUGCAUCUCUCAGCCUGAUUACAGUUCCACCAGCCAUUCCUGAAAAUGUUGAAUAUUUAAAUUUGAAAAAUAAUAAAAUCACAAAUAUUGGAGAACAAAUCUUCCAGGACCUUACCGAUUUAAAGAAAUUGGAACUGAGGAAUAAUGAAAUCCAGGAUAUUGAUGAACAAGCCUUCCGAAAUCUUACCAAUUUAAAGGAAUUAGAUCUGAGUAAAAAUGAAAUCAAAGAGAUAGAAAAACGCACCUUUGAAGGCCUCGCCAAUUUAGAGAAAUUAGACCUGAGCAAGAAUAAAAUCACAAGCAUUGACGUACAAACCUUCCAAACGCUUUUGAAAUUGUGGAAAUUAUAUCUGAAUAAUAAUAAAAUAACGAAUAUCAAAGAACAAACCUUCCGAAACCUUUCUAAAUUAGCAUAUUUAUAUCUGAGUGACAAUAAAAUCACGAAUAUUAAAGAAGGCAGUUUCCAAAAUCUUAUCAAUUUGCUGCAUUUGGAUUUGAGGGGUAACGAAAUCACUAUUAUUGAAGAACAUAUGUUCAACAAUCUGAACAGCUUGAAUCACUUAAACUUAAAUAAUAAUAAUGUGACGAGUAUUGAAGAACGAGCCUUGAAAAAUCUUACCAAAUUAAAGAAUUUGUACCUGAAUGAUAACAAAAUCCUGAAAAUUGAAGAAGGUACCUUUGAAAACCUCAACGAUUUGGAAUAUUUAAAGCUGGGUAAUAAUAAAAUCCAGAAUAUCGAAAACGGAACCUUUCAAGACCUUACCAAAUUGCAGUAUUUACUUCUGAACCAGAACGGAAUCACGGACAUUGGAGAAGGAAUUUUCCAAAACCUCACCAAAUUGUAUGAUUUAGAUUUGAGUGAAAAUAACAUCACGGAUAUCAAAAGAGGAACCUUUCAAGACCUGCCCUAUAUUGUUUUUCUAUCUCUGAACCUUAAUAAUAUCACACAUAUCGAAGAAGGGGCUUUCCAGAAUCUUCCAAGAUUGAGUAUACUAUACCUGGAUCACAAUAAUAUCUCGAGUAUUAAGAAAGGGACCUUCGUAAACGUUUCCAGUCUAAUUACACUAGGCCUGAGUCACAAUAAUAUCAUGAAUAUCGAAACAGAAAUCGUCCCAAAUCUUCCCUAUGUAGGACAAUUGUACCUGAGUCAUAAUCAUAUAACAGAUCUUAAGGAGGGCACUUUCCAAACCCUUCUCACAACAUGGUCAUUGGACCUGAAUCACAAUAAUAUAACACACAUUGAGGGAGGGGCCUUUCGAAACCUCAACGGAUUGCGCAAACUAGAUUUGAGUAAUAAUACAAUUACGAAUAUUGAAGAAGGCGCCUUCGAAAUCCGUAACAGGUUGGAAGAACUACAUUUAAGUAAUAAUAGCAUCACAAGCAUUACAGAAGAAUCCUUCCAGAACCUUCGCAUGUUGCGCCUAUUAGACUUAAGUCACAACGGUAUCACGACCAUUGAAGAAAUCUUCCCGGAUCUUCCUAAUUUACAGAAACUAGACCUGACACAUAAUAAUAUCACGAACUUUAGAGAAGCAACCUUCCAGCACCUUAACUAUUUAAAGGAAAUUAACUUCAGAGGCAACAACGUGUCGAUGUGUGGCUGUCAGCUGACAGCCGUUGUCAACAAUAUGACAAGAACAUACAACAGAAAUGUGGACAUCCUGGGCGAGUGUCAGACAGAUUCAGACAAUAACGAAAGCAAAGUAAUAACAACACUGGAAUAUCCGCAAUGUAAAAAUUCAAGUUCUGGCAAUGAAAUAAAUGUCGAAAACAGCAGGAGUGAACUUACGGAUGAAAAGUAAAAGAAAAAUAAUGUCUUCUAGAAUCACCCAUAACGUUUAAGACCAUAUUUAUGAGUUAUAAAACUCAAUUUUCUUCUUAUUUUUAUCUUUUACUUUAUUCGGUCAUUAGCUCAUGGUCAUGCUGGGGCACAGCCUUGAAGCAUUUUAAGUACAAUGAAUCAACCUCAGUGCUUAAUUUUUUUUGUAAAGUCUGGUACUUAUUCUAUCAGUUUCAUGGAUGUAGAUAUACCAACACCGGUUGUCAAGCGAUAUGAGGACAAACUCAGACACAAAGAUACACAUGCACUUGAUACACACACACACACACACACACACAUAUACGACGGGCUUUUAAUUUCUGUCUACCAAAUAGAAAAUUCGAUCGCAAGGGUUUGGUCGGCCCAAGGCUAUAGUAGAAGACAUUUUCUGCAGGUGCCACACAGUGGGACUGAACCCAGUACUAUGUGGUUGGGAAGCAAGCAUCUUACCACAAAACCAUGCCUACAUUUACAUUACAUCACAAAUAACGAGGCGGUGAUCUCGCAGAAUCAUUAGCACACCGGUUAAAAAGCUUAGUGUUUCAUCCGGCUUUACGUUCUGAGUUCAAAGCCAACUUAGCCUUUUUAUCUUUACACGGUUGAUAGAAUGAUAGAAUAAGUACCAGUUGAACACUGUGGUCUAUGAAAUUGACUUUUCCUCUUCUACGAAACUGCUGGCCUUGUGCUAAAAUUUGGAACCGGUAAUAUUCUAUUCAUUCUUCUAUAAGAACAUUCUAUUUUUACCUAUGAUUACAAUGCUACGCAACUGCGAGCCUUUAUAAUCUGCAAUAAUCUAACUGAAGCAACGUUCUGUGCCUGACUAUCGGCUGAAACAGAGAAAACCUAAAAAUCUUUCUCGAUUUGAAAGUUUAUAAACAUUUUAAUCUCCUGGCUAUUUUAUUGUUAAUGUUUUACAAUGUAAUAAUUAACUUUUUUGAAUUAAGGAAUAAAACUGGUUUUUAUUAAUGCAA